AUGGCCUUUCCCCUGGACCUCCCAGUCCGCCGGCGGCUGCGACUCUGCCGACGGAGCGCUGGGGGACUACAGUCCCCAGAAUGCCACGCGGCGGGGCGGGCCCGGAGGGCGGGGCCGAGGGCUUCUCCCGGCGUACCGCGCGGCCGGGCUCACGGGAGCGUGAGGAUGGUGUCUCCGCUGCUGGUCAUCUCGCUGCUGGCGCUGCUGCUGGGGCCCGCGGCCGGCCAUGGCGGCAAGUACUCGCGGGAGAAGAACGAGCCCGCGCCGACCCCGAAGCGCGAGCCGGAGGGUUUCCGGAUGGAGAAGCUGAACCAGCUGUGGGAGAAGGCCAAGCGGUCUGUCUCUCUGCUAGUCAUCCUGGCCAAGUACGGGCUGGACGGCAGGAAGGACACCCAAGUGGCAGACAGCAACUUCCUGCAGGACCAUGCCCCUGACCAGGGCCUGCAGGACCCCCGGCUGGAGAAGCUGUGGCACAAGGUACCUCCAGCCCCCUGUGCCCCACAGAGGCACCAUCUGUGCCAUGGGAGCCUUGGAGUGUGCGGUACCCGUAAGACUACACUAUUUCCUCCUCCUGCCCUCUCAGCCCCUCCUGGAUGCGACUCGGCCUUGUGGAACCGGGCUCGCUGGGAACCUCGGCUGCCGCGCACACGGCUUGUCCUGAGAGGCUCAGCUUGUGUCCCCGCAGAAACCCACAUGAACGUCAUCAGCCCCUCGGACAUGACGCACCUCAAGGAGGAAGUGCUGCAGAGCCGGCACGCCGAGCUCAAGGAGCGCCAGCGCCGCCUCCAGCAGGGCUUCGAGCGCCUGCGCAGAGUCAGCCACCAGGGCUACGGCACCGACAGCGAGUUUGAGGAGCCCCGAGUGAUGGAGCUGUGGGACCUGGCCAAGGCCGCCAACUUCACGGAGAAGGAGCUGGAAGCCUUCCGGGAGGAGCUGCGGCACUUCGAGGUCAAGGUGGAGAAGCAGCAGCAUUACCAAAAGCAGCUGGAGCUCUCGCACCAGAAGCUGCGCCACGUGGAGGGCGCGGGGGACCCCGAGCACCUGAGCCGCAGCCGCGAGAAGUAUGCCAUGCUGGAGGAGAAGGCCCGAGAGCUUGGCUACAAGGUGAAGAAGCACCUGCAGGACCUGACUGGCCGAGUGUCCAGGGGCCGUCACAACGAGCUCUGAGCCCCACAUGGUGGGGUACCCCAGCCCUAGAGUGGCCUCGGGAGUGGACUAGGGGCACUGGGUGACCCACGGGUCUUCACUGUGGUAGAAGGCCUCCUCUCUGGAGAGGACAGACCGUGGUGCGGAGGGGCACCCCCAUCCUGAGAGCCUGCUGCUUGGGCGUGCACAUGGAGCCCCAGAAAUAAAGAUGUCACACAACUCCCA